UCUGUAUACAAAACACUUGGAAAACAAAAAUUAUGAAUAAAAUUCCCAGUAAUUAUAGAUUAAAUAUUUGUUCAAGCUUUUCUCUGUGUAAGUAGAGGAGCCUCUGUGGAGGAUGAUUCAAGGUUUAUACUAUCGGAAACUGCUAGAAAAUCUGUGCUGCUGCUUCCUGGUAAACGAACAGAAACUAGACGAGAAAAACAAGACGAACAACUGCCUUAACCACUGCCUGUGUUCCAUCGAAAAGGCAGACAACAAUCGAUCCUCAAUGCGCUCUAACUCGCAGCCCGCUCGGAGACCUGCGAAUGCAGAGGGCGGCGGCACCACCCGGCCAAGACACUGCAGCAGCAAUGGGCCACGAUGGAUUGCGUUGGACACGUCACAGAGACCCAAGUGCCAUGGCAAUCGAAAAGCAGACCAGACAUUGGACAGUCGACCUCGCUUUGUGCAGGCCGUGGAGUCGUUGAGUUUCGAGAUACAAAGAACAACAAGAAUUGCGCGUUUACCACUGACACAGCAGCAUCAGACGCAGGUGCCCAUGCAACCAAGUUGUCCGAGCACCUGCCAGGCCUAUCCGAAGAGCGAAAGAGAGGCCUUGCCGAACAGCACCUUUCAGAGUACACAACCCAAUCGCACAAUGAACGAGAGUUCGGGGCUCGAAUCGAACUAUGGUGAGUGGCAGCAGAGGCAACAACAACCGCUGCCGCCUCAGGCCAAACCACCUCCGGCAUCUUUUUCACUGUACAACAAUGAAUGCUACAGCACAUUUGAACCCGAACUCAAUAGCACGAAGCUGGAUCCUGGCGAUUUCCGGGAAGACCGUAGGGCAGAGUGCAAUGGCAACCAGUCGGCGCGAUAUUCAGAGUCUUUUGGACAACCGCCGCAGCAGCAACAGCAGCAGCAGCAGGCGGAGAGCAGCAACAGAUUUAAACCUAAUCCUAAUACGGCGAUGAUGGGUCCAGUGGAUCGCCUGAACCGCUGUCAACCGCAGUGCAUUCGUGAGCUCUGUGGUCGCCCACAGCAGCCAAAGCCAAUCUGCGGUGCAGAUUCUUUUGGUCCUCCACAGCAACAGCAGCAGCAGCAGCAGCUACAGCAGCAGAGGUUGCAACAGGAACAGCAGCAGCAACAAGAGCUGCAGGCUGCAUAUGCCUUGCUGCACAACGAGGAGACCAGCGACACCUACGACCUCGAUUUCAAGAGCACAAACUUCGGUACUGACCAUUGUCGUGACGACUGCAGCUCAGAGUGCAGUCGCAACGCCACGAAUCAGUGCUUUGGUCCUCCGUCGCAGCAGCUGCAGCCGCAACAGCCGCAACUGCAGGCAGCCUACGCCCUGAUGCACAACGACGAGACCAGCGACACAUUUGAACCCGUGCUCCAUAGCUCGAUACUUCAUGUGGAGCGCUGUGAGCCACAGUGCAAUCGAGUGCUUUGUACGCGACCACAGCAACCACAGGCGGUGCGGGGAGCAGAGCGUUUUGGUUCUCCUCCUCCUCCGCAGCAGCAACAGCAGCAGCAGAGGCAUAUUAAACAGCUGGUGGGAAAGAAUCCCUUGAGUCACAAUGAUGCAACCAGCGACAGAUUUCCCGAUCGCAGUACAGCUCCCUGUACGGCAGAGUGCUCUCAAAACACCAUGCACCAGUCGACACGGUAUCCAGAGUCCUUUAGGCCAUCGCCACAGCUGCAGCCCGAUCCUGUGAAUUGCGUGGAAACCUGUUGGGGAGAGUGCAGUCAAAUCACCAUGAAACAGUCGGCCCGGCAGCCAGAAACCUUAAGAUCCCCGCAGCAGCAGCAAAAGUCGGCAAAUUAUUCUAACCUGCACAGCCAAGACAACAUUGAAACAUUUAAGCCAGAGCUCUGUAGCACGAUGAUUGCUGCGGAGGAUGAAGAGGAAACCUGUGUGCCAACUUGCACGGGAAGCUGUAGCCUCCUGCCGCCGUCGACGAGGAGUCCAGCUGCUGUUGGUCAAAAGUCCACGCAAGCUUCGGCCGAGUAUCCGCGUUGCGCGCAGGUUGUGAGCUGUGGCACCUCCACACAUAAUAAUUUGAGCUACCAGCAACAGUCAACAUCCACGAAUCAUCCUGUUUUUGGCCACCAAUCUCAGCAGACUAGCCAGCAUUAUCAGCGGCCAUUAUCGCCUGAGAGAUCUCAAGCGGAGCAGAGUCGAUAUCAGCCGGAGAUGCAAUUCAGAGACGGUACACCUAUGAGCCAGCCAGCGUAUUGUCAUUCGCAGCUUAGGAAUCAAACCCAGGGGCCACAGCAUUCUGAUGAAAUCUUCCAGGAUGUAAAACCCAUGCAGGGGCCAAGCUGUUGCAGGAACGAAGGCUGUCCCAUGAAUCGGAUGGGCAACACUCCCGAAGAUCAGCGUAGCAUGAGCCAGAGAGCAGCCUGUUGUCUGAAUCAAAUGUGUCCCAUGAACCAGAGGUCAACCUGUUGUAAGAACGAAAUGUGCCCCAUGAACCAAAGUGCACCAUAUCAGAGUGUGACACCUGAAGAUCAGCGUGGCAUGAACCAGAGGCCAACCUGUUGUCAGAAUCAGAUGUGUCCCAUGAACCAGAGAGCAUCCUGUUGUCAGAACGAAGAUUGCCCCACAAAUGCGAGUUCACUUUAUCAGAGCCUUGCAUCAGAUUCCAUGGAUCAAGAGUACAGCUGUCCAGCAAAUCUGACCAUGCCACAGGGGCACAGUACGCCAUCCAAAGGCGCAGCACCGCAACAAAUUACCCAAGGCAGUGGUCCCUCCUGCAAGUCCCAAGCCUCAUAUGCAGCUCAGUACAACCAGCACGGCGGUGCCAGCACGAGUCUGCCAUCGCAGAGUGUUACGUACGGCAGUCAUUCCGACAAAUACAAUGCAGAUGCAACAAUAACACUGAGAUUCGGUGGUGCUGCUAGCGAUCAGAGCAUUAUGGCAAAGCCCGUGCCAUAUGGCGGUCAGGCGCCUUCCAUGGACUUUACCUAUCCACUCGAUGCAAGUUCUUCCUCGGAAGGGACUUUCAUGUGCCAACCCAGCGCAGCAGACGAACGGCUUGCCCAGCGCACCAGGGACUUGUACUUUGAGGCGAUGGUGAAGGAGAGCUGCUGCAAUGAUGUCAUACAACGGACCCUCAAUGGUCGCGAGAACUUCAACGAGCGUUCGUAUGUGAUUGCGUUCGCUGGUCAGCUGCCGCAGAAGCUGGGCCUAGUCGAUCCCCUGACCCUGCUGGAGGCCAUCAAGAUGCGCAUCGAGUAUGAGCGCGGGGAGAUACGCAAGAACUAUGGCAGUGAGGCAGAUUUCAGCCAAAGUCGGCCAGCCUGCCAGCGGCCAGUGAUCUAUAGCGAAGACAUUGACCAGCACUUUAGGUCCAAGAACCAAUCCGAAGUCAAUCAGAGUUUGUGCGCCUACUUGAAGGCCGAGAAUGAGUAUCGCAAAACUCACUCGGAUUUGAAUGACACAGAUUUUAGUGCAAAUGUAAAUUCAUUCGAGACAAAAUUCUUUAAUGACAGCAUUCGUAUGAAUAUUUAUUCGGCCACAACGGAACCAAAUGAUUGAAGACACUGGCCACCCAUGGAACAGAACCUAUUCUCAAUGUUGUGUACAAGAAAUAAUUGCCUGAUGUCGCAUGAUUAAAAGAGGGCUCGGAUUAUUCAUUCAUUUAACUUAUCAGAGAACCAAAUGCCUUAAUGUAUUGCCGCAUCGUGGAGGUAUUUUAAUUGGACUGCGAAAUAGUCACCCCCACAAUCUAUCCUUUAUCGGUUAGAGCCAUUGAGCUAAACCCAUUUCCAAUAUGUAUUGUAUGCAUGUAUCAGGCUUAUGGGCCCCAUAAAAUAAACACGUUUGAUCGAUAAGUACAUCUAAAAAGUCACCACAUCAUCCUCUUUGGCCAUGCGUCAGAACCUUCCGAAACAUAUGUAUAUUUAUUGCCACCCUAUUUAUGGACUUCUGACCCAUUAAGUAAGCAAAUCCAAGUCAUAAAUAAAAUAUUUCGUAAUUUU